ACAUGGAAGAGGGUGGCGCGCGGGUCGAUCCCCGGGGAAGCUGGUUGUCUUUCGUCAAGCACUCCUCCAAGUUAUCGGAAGGAAGUAAGAAGUGCGAGAAGAAGAAAAAGAAGAAGGAACAGCCAGAGAACUCCAGAAGACUGUCGGAGGUAGUACCCACCGGGGCUGUUGGACCCCCUGGCCCCCCAGGCCCACCUGGAACCCCCGGGACUCAAAUCACGAAGGAAGAACUGCUGGAGGAGUUCCGUGAUCUAAUAAAGGAGGCUGCAGAGAGAAGAGCACAGAUUAUUAUUCAUGAGAAAUGUCCAAGUUGUGUUUCCAACUCAUCACAAGUUUGGCUGCCAACAGUGGAGGAUGAAGUCCUAAUGCCUCAUCUGCCAAUAGCAUUUCACUGCAAGCUCAGAGGGGGUGUGGAGGUACCCAAGAAGAGCCUCAUUGAAAUGUCCAAUUUCCAAACACCAUUCUCUGAUGGUUCCUUUCGGCGAGGAGAGGGUAUGGACGUCAAAUCGGGGCGAUUCACUGCACCUCGUGACGCCAUCUACCAGUUCUCAGCUAAUCUCCAUAUCAACCAUCCAGUGUCGAACAAGCGCUCCGAAGAGCUGCGGCAUAGAGAUAACAUCAGGCUGCUCAUCUGCAUCAACUCUCUGUGCCAGCGACACACGUCACUGGAAUACAUCUCAGGCUUGGAGAGUAACAGUAGAGUCUUCACAAUUAAUCUCUCCGGCUUGCUGCAACUCGAGGCCGGUCAGUAUGCAUCAAUCUACAUAGAUAACAGUUCAGCACAGCGAGUGACUGUUCAAACUGGGUCCGACUUUACCGGCCUCCUGAUGGGUGUCUAGAUCCACCAUUACUUGAUGUGUCCAGGGUUCAAAUCCUGUCAAGGAAUAUCCAAUUUAUAAGUCAACAAGCAUCUGGCUGCUGCUAUAACUUAAUGGCCGGUGAAUUACUGAUUCGCUGAAAGUUGUUGAAGCCAAUUGCGCUGUGGGUCGACCAGCCUCAAACGUCGUGUGACAGGAGAGUAGGAAUCUGUACGCUAUGUACGUGGUUGGACCACAAUGCAACGCUUUGUGGUGAUAUUCUAAAAACUCUUGUAUACCGCCCUCUAAGGCUCGACAAGACCAGCGCGUAUAUAUUGACAUGGACUAAACAACCCACCACAAAUGUAAAUAAUAUGCACUAUGAUUGGUAUUUUAGACAGCAAAAAUGUAUUUUUUUGAGAUAUGGCAUAUGUCAGGCCCCUGUGGGUGCCUUUUUUGUUCUUAUUGGUGGAUCGUCUAAACUUUGGUAGGCGCUCAAAAGUUUCCUGAACAUUUGGAAUUCAUGUAACAAACAAAAGGGGAUUCUGCAAAAUGACAUAGGAAGAUUUUCCAUAGAAAUGAAAAGCCCGAAAAAGUGGAUCUUUUUGGUCUACAGAUGAAGUUGCCUGACUAUACAUGAUGUUAUUUUUUCAGAAGUUUUAAAAUAGACUAAAAACAAAUCUACACUCCAACUCUCGGUUCAGAAUUGCAAUUGCAAUGUUAUGCAAGUCGCCAGACACAUAAGACCUAAAGAUCACUUCAAGGUGUGGGCACUUGCACCUAAGGCUGAAACAGGGUUAGAAAUCUACACUCCAAUAACUCUCGGUUCAGAAUUGACACCAAUUCUGCAAUUUACACCAAUUCUGCAGUUGCCAGGGAAUUGACCCAGUUCUUGGUUAAUGACCCGGAAAGUGGAUUUAAAAGUGGGAUUUUAACUCAGAUGCUGAGUCAUUUUGAUACAGAUCCUGAGUCAUACUGACCAUCACCUAGAAAUCUACACUCCCAUAACUCUCGGGUCAGAAAUCUAACUGAUUAUGGGUACAAAGUGCCACACCCAUUUUGGAUCAGGCUGGCCUGACCCGGAAAGUGAGUUUAACUCGUAUUCUGCGUCAGUUUGUCACAUAUUCAGGUCAUACUGACCCAGGAGGGUUACAGGCUCCACGAGUCCUGUAUACAGGAUUCUGACUCGUUCUUUAUUUCUUUCAAAAUCUUUUGGUAAUGACCUUUAAAAAAAAGGAAAUUUUGUUGAAACCGAGUUCAGCCGAAAAAGUGUUAUGAAUCCAAAACUAUAAGUGAAGUAAAAACAAAAACAAGAUAUUAUUUUUUUUGUAAAUAAAAAAUGUAUAAAGUUUACCAACCAAACUUUGAAGUACACAACUUAAUAAUACCAGUCAACCUUUUCAUGUUUUUUAAAAUUAAAUAAGCACUGCCAAUUAUAUUGAAUAAAUUGUGAGAAUAUUAUAUUGUUUUUUUGAACCAACAGAAAGACCAAGAGAAACAUUGUGAAAACACUGGGACCCCUAAUCCCCUGCACAACAAAAACAUUAUUUUUGUUAGUUAUAUUUUUUGUUUAAAUGUUCAAGAAAGUAUGGCCAAUUAAAAAUGAUUAAAUGAGGCCAUCUCCCCUAACUCUCAGAAAAUCUAUGCAAACCGACAGUUUGCAGAAGCCAAUUUGUUUAAAAAAAUGUGUCACAAGAACAUCUGACGUACACUUUUCGUCGAGUGGCCUGUCACGUUCAGUGCAGUGUAGUUUCUUGGUACCCAAGUACCCUUAAACAGAGGGGUAUCUGGGAAUUUUAUCAGAGGAUCAAAAAAUAAUAAUAAUAAUAAGGGAAGAAUAUAUACAAAUAAGGGAAGAAUAUAAACAAAUAAACCCCCCAAAUAACUGGAAUGUUGCGACAUUGGGUACGACGCAAGUUGGGUCUGAGCAAGAUUGGGGACAUUAUAAGAUGGUGAAAGUGUAAGGUUAAAAACAGGAAAAAAUAACAUAGAUGAAUAUUCUUAAGGGGGAGGGGUGUCCGGAUCCCUGACUGACCCCCCCCCCCCUGGAUCUACCCCCUCAACCAAUCCCCUGGAUCCAAUCCUGAUGAACAAAGCAGUAAACCAAAUACAAGUCAUGUACCUAGGAUAGGCAAACAUGAUUCAAGUGCUGAGCUUGAUGCAUUAUAAAGGGACCAGUCUAAUAGUUGACCAUCUUUACCUCUCUUUGGUGAGAGUAACAUUUUUAAGACCAAAAGAAAAUGGACGCCAUGUCAAAAGAUUCCAAAUAACUUGUAUUUGUUUAUCCUCAUCUGUAUUACCAAAUUUAUACACUGCCGUUAAUUGUAACUAAUGCUACCUUUAUCUAUAAAAAUAAUCAUCAACUUUCUGAUGAUUAUAUGAAGUAUGCUUUUUAAAUAUAUUAUUUAACAAUGUGUAACAACGUUUAUAGUUCAGAACUCUAUGCCUUUUGUAAAAUGUGGAGUAAUAUUGCUAUAAAAAUACAAAAUAAAUGUCCAAGUGGGAAACCCAAAAAGUAUUUAAAGACAGUGGACAAUAUUGGUAAUUGCUCAAAAUAAUUAUCAGCAUAAAACCUCACUUGGUAAAGAGUA